AUUAGGCACACUAUGCGUAAGACCAGGGCAUAUAAGAGAAUUUCAUUUUUCGAUCUUUGCUUAAUUGGAAUCUUAAUUGGAGUAAUAUUCGUUUUUCUGAUCUUUCAAAAGCCUCAAGGACCAAACAUUCGAGAAGAAAUCGUCAGAAAGGUCUUUUCCAAAGGAUAUUUUGGCGUAAAAGAACUAUCCGGCUCACAAACUACGAAUACCGCUACAGAAAUUAAUUUAGGUGGAAUUAGUCAAGAAUCUUCAUUAAAUAAUGAAAGAGAAAAGGAAAAGGAAACAGAACAGAGCAUAAAUAAGAUAAAUUCUAGAAACGGAGAUAAUAUUAAGAAAAGACUAUCUCCUUUCGGUGAACAAGGAAACUUAACAAGACCAGACGAAUUAAUAUAUGAAAGAUUGAAUAAACUAAACGAUACAAGACCAAAAAUAUGCAAAGAUGAAACUGGAAAUGACGAUAAACACAAGGAGUCUGCUACAAUUGUUAUAUUAUUUAGGGACAACGAAUGGUUCGACGUUAAAAUGACGAUACUCAGUAUUCUCAAAUUUACUGAUGUUAAUUACAUUAAAGAGAUUCUUUUACUAGACGGUAGCGACGUCACUAGGGAAAUUGGUUAUUUUUUAAAGAUUUGUCCUAAAUGUGUUAGCUUGAAAUGUAAUAAGGAUCAGUUUUGGACUUGUCGAGAAACAGUGCAGGAAAGAGGCACCGUUCUUGUGUUCCUUUCUCCUAGAACAACUGUACUCAAAGGAUGGUUAUUACCUCUUCUUCGCACAGUUCAGUCUUCUCCAGAAUCUGUCGUUAUACCGCAUACGAAUGUUAUUAGUGACAUUAUUUCAAUGAAUAUUAAAAAAAUCGAUCCUGCAGCCUACUUGUACGUAACUUUAAGGCUGAAUAUAAGAUAUGUUACAUCCAGAGGAGACGACUCAGAACUAACAGCGCCCUCUCUUGCUCUUAACAUGAAUUGUUUCGCUCUUAAGCCAACUCUAUGGCGUCGUUUAUCGAAUGUGAAUAGAAAAUCCUACGUAACAGAGAUCGCCAAAGCAGUAGAUUUGAGUAUAAAAAGUUGGAUAUGCGCAAAGGGAAUUAUCAAGGCAAAAUGUUCUCAUAUAGCAACCCAUUUUACUAGAAAUCUUUGGAAACAAACAAAUCCGAAUGAUAUCAAAACUCUCGUAGAAAGUUAUUUAACACCUAUAAAUUAUCAUGGUAGGUUUAUUAACCUAACCGACAGAGAAGCUUUUAGUACACAUUUAAAAAAUCUACAAACUGGAACAAACAAGCUGGAUGAAUCAUGUCAGGGAAUAGAAACAUUUUUCAAGAGUAAAGAUCAUAGAAAUCCUUAUUUAAAAGUCACAAACGACGUCUACAAAUACGGAGUUAUGAGAGUGGAAAAUGGUCAAUGCGUAAAUACAAAGAGAGGUUUAAAUCGUUUAGAUGUUGGUGGAUGUCCUUAUAAAUUUGAGAAUCCUUCUCAAGAUAAAUUAUUCCAUUUUUCGUCUGAUAACAGAAUACUACAUAAAGAAAAAUGCUUAUCGGCAGAUGAUUUUUACGUUGUGGUCAAACCUUGUUCAAGUAAUGAUAAGAAUCAAUUGUGGUCACAUACAAACGAAAAUCACAUUAUACAUAAAAGUACUAAUUCCUGUAUGGUUCACGUUACGGAUCCUAUGACAAACGGAAGACAAAUAGUCAUGAUUCAAUCAUGCCGAAAUGAUCCCAAUGGUCUUUUCUCAAAGUGGUCAUUUUUAGACUUUUAG